AUAAAAACCGCGAAUAACUCUCUUUCCGAACCAAUUCGAUUCACAACUCAGACACAGCGAAAAUCUCGGAACCCUAAUUUGACGAAGAACAAGGAGAAGCAAAUAUGUCUUCACUUGCAGCUGCUAGGGCAGAUAACUUUUACUAUCCUCCAGAAUGGAGCCCAAAUCAGGGUUCUUUGAACAAGUUUCAUGGUCAACAUGCUCUGAGAGAGAGGGCAAGAAAAAUAGACCAAGGCAUACUGAUUAUAAGGUUUGAGAUGCCCUAUAAUAUAUGGUGUGGUGGAUGCAAUUCUAUGAUUGCAAAGGGUGUUAGGUUCAACGCGGAGAAAAAGCAAGUGGGAAAUUAUUAUUCUACAAAGAUAUGGAGCUUUACGAUGAAGUCUGCAUGCUGCAGACAUGAAAUUGUUAUUCAGACAGAUCCAAAAAAUUGUGAGUAUGUGAUCAUCAGUGGAGCCCAACGAAAGACUGAGGAGUAUGACAUUGAAGACGCAGAGACUUUUGCACUCCCUGCAGAUGAAGAAAAAGGCAAACUAGCCGAUCCAUUUUAUCGUCUUGAACACCAGGAAGGAGAUUUGAAGAAGAAGAAAGAAGCUGAACCAGUGCUAGUGCGUCUCCAGCGAGUAUCUGAUUCCAGGCACUCAGAUGACUAUGCCCUCAACAAGGCUCUUCGGGCACAACUUAGAAAUCAAAAGAAAAGAGUUGCUGAAGAAGAGGCUGCUUCAAGGAAAAAAGGCAUUGGCAUACGACUGCUUCCACCAUCUGAAGAAGAUGCUUCUAGUGCAGCUCAUGUGAAAUUUUCUUCUAAAUUUGACAAAAAUAGGAAGGACAAGCGAGCAUUGAUCAAAGCCACUUCUAUUUUCUCUGGGUCGUCUGGGUCUUCCAUGUCCAAUAAGAGACAUUUGGAGUUAGAAUCCAAGAGAAGGAAAAUUAGUGCAGCUGCUGCAUCUAGCUUACUGGCUGGGCAAUUUAAGCCUUCAUCAUGGUCUCAGAGUGCUGUUACUUCACAUAGGAACAGGAGAACUUAAGUGACAGCAAGAAAUUGUUAGGUGACAGUUUCUAGAUUCGAAAGAACUGCUUUUUCUUCAUAGUUGGCUUUCAGCAUCACCUGUUCAAAGUGGCAAUGAAGCAUGUACAUAGAUCAACAUGUAUCUACUGCUUGGUUGUAGUCUUUUACACUUAAAGCUCCUUGUGCUUGAGUGAUCUAGCUGAGAUUUCAGGAUUAUUAUAGUGUACUGGGUGUUGUAUGUCGAAGAUUUUAAAUUAAUGAAUGAAUGACAAGGAUUCUACUUUCAGAA